AUGAGUGAAGAGUUUCGUACGGUGACACGAAAAAAAUGGAUUGCCCACAAAAGUAUAAACAAAAGGACGCGCAGACUAUCGGACAAAGGAUAUGAAAAGGAUUUUCCUGAUGUUGAUGUGGACAAGUUUAUGGUAAAACUGGACACGCUGCGGGAACGCAUGGAGGACAGUGAUUAUUUUACACAGGCCAUGACGACACUUAAAGAAUCUUUGGAGAAAAUUAAUACAAACACAGAGGAAAAUAAUACCCCCAAACGUUUAGUGUGUUUUGGUAUUGGACCAUUUACCCGCAACUUUCAAGCUCUACAUCAACUGGCAUUUAUUUUAUGUACCCAAAGACAUUUUCAAAUAGAUGAGGCUAUCUAUUUUGAUCCCGUCUUUCGACAAAGUGAAAAAGACAUAUUGCACAAAUUAAAAUGCCUUGUUAUGACUGAGAAUUGUGAAGGGAAAUAUGAAGCUGAUGUUCAGACACUAUUUUACUUGCCCCAUUGCCCGAAUUGUUUAACCAACAAUCUCCUGUGGAGUAAUUGGCAACCUCACUUAUUAUCGAAUGUAAUUUUAAUUAAUAAUAGUUUUGAAAGUCUGUCCUGCUCAAAACCAGAACGUUUACUACGUUUAGAUGCUGGUUAUAUUCUGGAUAUAAUGCCACAUGGCGAGGAAUUGCCACUGGAGGAUGAUUAUGAAGUACAAAAUAUAUUUAAUGAUUUAUCGGUGCAUAUAUUUCCACAAAAUAAACUGAAAUUGUCGUCAGAUGAUUUUUGGUUGAAACAAGAUGCACCCAAGUACAACAAUGAUGAUAAUGGUGAAAUGAUAUCUGCCGAAGAUUUUGCUAAUUUAAGUAUAAGUUAA